AUGCUUGAGAGCACUCUGAAUAAUGAAUUAAAUAAGUUACUAUUUGGAUGGGGAAUCGAUAAAGUAAGAGCCAACAAAAAACCUGAAGCAGUGAUCAAAGAAUCUGAAGCAGUAACCAAAGAAUCUGAAGCAGUGACAGAAAACUUGAUACAAGAUGAAAAACUUGAAAUAGAGAUUAAAGAAUCCAAGACAGUGGCAGAAGCCCUGAAACAUAAAUCAAAGAAUCCAAGAAAGUGA